GCGGACUGUUGGUGCAACAUUCAACCCUCGUUACUCUGCGUCACUUCCUCCCCACGUGAAGCGCUCAGUACAUGUGAGGAACAGUGUUCCAUUCAUUUACAGCAGGUUUCCUCACGUUUAGGGACCACUAGAUCACAUAUUGUCAUCUUAUGAUCGUCGAUAGCAGGACUAUGGAGUCGGCAGAUGAGGAGUCGCUGCUCGGACAGGAGUCGGAUGAGGAGAACAGUGAACUAUCGGACGGAGAGCUUCAAGAUGCUUUUGCGAAGGGGUUGUUGAAACCGGGGAUGAACCUUUUGGUGGAUAAACCCAAAAAGUUUGUCAACAAUGUGGAGGGUUUGAAACAGUGCCUCGCUGACUUCCGUAGAGAGCUUCCCUGGGUGGAGAGGUUGGAUAUGACCAACCUGCCGGCUGAAGACAUUAUUUCCAAAGCUGAAGGGAAAGUUCCAAGUGCCAAAAAUGGAGAUGUCAAUGCAGAUGACGAUUUCCAGAGAGAGAUGUUUUUCUAUCGUCAGGCUCAAGCUACAGUUCUAGAUGCAUUGCCUCUCCUUAGCAAGCAUGGCAUAGCCACCAAGAGGCCUGACGAUUACUUCGCAGAGAUGGCCAAGUCCGAUCAGCAGAUGCAAAAGAUCAGGAAGAAGCUGAUCUCAAAGCAGCUGAUACUGGAGAAGUCGGAGAAGGCGAAGAAACUGCGCGAGCAAAGGAAGUUUGGCAAGAAGGUCCAAAUAGAAGUGAUUCAGAAGAGGCAGAAAGAGAAGAAGGCAAUGAUGACUGCUGUAAAGAAAUACCAGAAAGGAAUGACCGACAAACUGGAUUUCUUGGAAGGAGACCAGAAGAAGGGUAAAGAUUCUACUCCGGGCCCCAACAAAGCGGCGAACAAGAAGGGCCCCAAUGCAAAGAGAAAAUACAAGGACCAGAGGUUUGGCUUUGGAGGCAAGAAGAGCGGAAAGAAGUGGAACACCAAGGAGAGCCACAAUGAUGUUUCCAGUUUCCGCGCUAAAGUGGCUAAUGCAAAGGGCAGCAAGGGAGGGAAGAAAGGCGCCAAAGGAGGAAAACAAAAUAAACGCCCGGGCAAGUCUGUGCGCAAGAAGAUUAAGUCUCGCUCGUAAAAAACUGACUGAGGCUAGCUGGACAUUUACCGUGUUUCUAGGCAGGAAUUCCCUCACCUGCUCCUCAAGUCUCUCCACCAGGUGACAUUUAGGAGAAUAUGGGCUUUUCUUCUAAACUUUUUGUAUAACAUGCCUUCAGUAAAAUGUGUCUGGAUCAAUAUGGAGGACCCUUCAAGUCACACACACACAGAGAGGGAGACAUCUUGCGAUAUUGCUUCGGAAGCAGUUUGAAGGACAUGACUGGUGAAGAAAAGGUCUACCUUUGCAGAAAUGGCGAACCCAAGAGUGGACUACACAGAGCUACCCACACCACAAAAUUGUUUCCCGAAAAGAGAGUAUUUGAAUGUUAAGAGAAUAUAUUUUCUUCUUUUUUAGUUGUCCAAUUUGUCUUGUCUGUGGACAUAAUUAGUUUUCCAUAUACCUAUCUUAUAAGGUUUUUUAAGCCACUUGUCUACACCGGCCUCCUUGCUGUCUACACUGUGUGUGCUCUAUGAGUUUAGUAUUUUUUGUUUUAUUUUUUCUUACUCAGCGCCUUGACUCAUUUAUUCUCUCCCAUGUGACAUGACAUUUUAUAAUAUUGAGCAGCUGUUUGUUUUGCCCUUUCUCCUAUUCAUCAAUAUGAUUAGAAUGUCGUGGGCAAGUGUGCUUUGUAUAGACUUGGGCAAAUGUUGCCCUUGAGCUCGCUAAGAUGGGAAUGCUAAAGAGAAGCUUCUGGCGGUGACACCUGUAUGUUUGUAUGAAAAACAAAUAAAUCUGAACAACAAUUGCU